UGUUUCCUGAUAAUGAGCACUAUGUAUUUAAUAAACAGCUAAUAGCCAAUAACUCAGAUGUCUGAAACAUUUUAACAGAGACUCCUGGGUUUUUGGCAAUGACAUUAUACAAGCGAAUGACCACUUACCCUAAGCAGAAAGAGUGGCAUCAACCUACCAGCGAAGUCUGAAGAGCAGUUAUAAAGAUUGGCAAGAUUUUUGAGAAACUGCACAGGGAUUUAUUACAAGGAUGGCUGCCCCAUCAAGAGGUGUAAAGGUGCAUUCAGCUUGGCUGACGCUGAACAAGAUGGCCUGGACAUAAGAUUAACUAGAUUGAGAAGAAUAAUGAUUUGGUAACAACUGUGCAGAAUUCUAUCAAACCAUAUGAGUAGUCACAAGAUGGUCUCAGCCAUGGAACCAGAAAUCUAUGAUGCCAUAUUAGAAACAACAGAUGGAGCUACUCCUGAUACAGGAUGGUACUUACCAUACCCUCUAAGCUUCCAAGUUUCUCUCACCAGCUUCCUGAUGCUUGAGAUAGUACUUGGGUUCAGCAGUAAUCUGACAGUCCUUGUCCUUUACUGCGUGCAGUCCAACCUGGUGGAUUCUGUCAGCAACAUAGUCACUAUGAACCUCCACAUUCUUGACAUCAUUAUAUGUGUUGUUUGUGUCCCCUUGACCAUUGUUAUAAUCCUUAUCCCCCUGGAAGAAAACAUCUCCCUGGUUUGUUGCUUCCAUGAGGCUUGUGUAACUUUUAGCAGCAUUGCUACAGCUAUUAAUGUCUUAGUCAUCAGCCUGGACAGGUACGACAUCUCUGUAAGACCUGCCAAUAGGGUCCUGACUCUGAGUAGAGCAUUAUUCCUUUUAUCUUGUGUUUGGGUGAUUUCUUUCAUGGUCUUCUUCAUUCCAUUUUUUGAGGUGGAGUUUUUUGGGGACCCGCAUCACAUGGCGACAUGGAAGAACCGCACGCUGCUGUGUGUAAGCACCAAUGAGUACCACACUGAGCUUGGCAUGUACUAUCACCUCUUUAUCCAGAUUCCAAUCUUCUUCCUUGCAGUGGCAGUCAUGCUAGUUACAUACACCAAAAUACUCCAGGCCCUGAAAAUCAAAAUUGGCACUCACUUCAAGAGGAGUCAACGCCGUAAGACAAGAAAAAGAAAAAAGAGAAAGGGGUUAACUCAUGGCCCUUCUACUGAAACAAAACGGCUGACUCAACCUCCUGCUUCUCAGAAUCCAACACUGGGAGUGCAUGCAUCAGUCUCUGUAAUCAUAGCUCUAAGACGUGCAGUGAAACGUCAUCGUGACAGAAGGGAACGUCAGAAGCGUGUCUUCAGAAUGUCACUCAUCAUCAUCUCCACUUUCUUGCUCUGCUGGGCACCUAUUUCAAUUGUUAACCUUCUUAUACUUUGUUUGGGGCCAAGUGACUUGAUGGUUAGGUUGCGAAUGUGCUUCCUCACAUUAGCCUAUGCUACUACCAUAUUUCACCCACUUUUGUAUGCAUUUACAAGGCAGAAAUUCCGAAAUGUUCUAAAGAGCAAAAUGAAAAAGAGGGUUGUAUCUGUCCUUCAUGUGGACCCUACUCCAGGUGGGACAGUCAUUCACAAUUCCUGGGUGGAGCCCAAAAAGGCUAAAAAACUGAAAACAGAAUGUAGCGAUGCAACAGAUCGCUGUCUCACUGAAACCGCAAAAGAAUGACUAAUUAUUUAAUAGGACACAAUUAAUAUGCCAUAGUCAUCAGGGGUGAAAUGAUCAAAUACCUGUCUACAAAAUUUAUUAAGUUGGCAGAAAUAUUUUUAACUUACAAAUGCCUUCCUUUAUGUUGAAGGAGUGGAAAAGUAAGGCAUCAGCAGUGUUGUGACAACACAUUGCUAUGUUUUGCCAUUCACCUCUGAAGUUUUAUUAUCUGAGUAUAUUCUGCCUGGAGACAGAUGUUAUUACCUUUGAAGAAUUCUUUCUGAUGCUUUUUAGAUCCAUAUAAAUCUUAAGAUAAGAGGUGCAUUCUGCACUAUUUCCAGGUAUGGAUAUAUGAUAAAUGAAUCCGCUGCUCUUCCAAGAAUAUUACUAGCUUUUAGGAUCAUGUUCAGAUCAGCUGGGCAUGGGAAGAUUUACAAGUGCUUCAAAUGGAUGUUAUUUGCAUAUUAAUUUAUGUGAUCAGGGAUUAAACGAUGGGAGGGAGGGGAAUUUUUUUCUCUAGCACCAGCAAAGGAUAUUAUCCAAGGACAUUUCAGGUUGAAAGACGCAUUUUCAAGAUAACCUGGAAAUUAUUGCUGUGCUUAAAUUCAUGGCUACAUAUUACAAUUUGUGGCAUUAAUCCGCUGGAGUCAUAAAAGUAAAUACAUUUUCAUCAUCUACAAUUUCAUGACAAAUUCAAAUAUAUUUACUCAUGCAUUAAAAAUUGUCAUAUUAAAUAUCAGACAUAUUACUUGAAAGAAAUUAUUUUGCUUAACUUGGCAUUGAUUUGUG